AUGGUCAGUGUCUUCUUGCAGGCCCAAGAGCUCGACUACUACCAAAACAUGAUGUCGGCGAUGGGAAAGCCUUUUGUAGAGGUAAUCAAAAUCGGAGAAAUGGUGGAGAAUGGUCUGAAAACGGGUAGACUCUUGAGCCAAGCGGCCAUCCGUGCAACCUCCCAAGCCAUCCAAGGUGGGUCUGGAGGAAUAACGAAGGGAAAUAAAAAGGAAGAAUCGGCCAUGGCCGCAUCAGGAGCGAGGGAAUACCACAAACCCAAGCCCCAUUUUGCAGAAAGGGCCCCACAACACUACUACCCCCAUCAGGAUACGGCUUACACUCCUCAACCGUACAUGGUCAUGAAUGCUCAACCCUUCGCCCGUCCACCGCAACAAGCCAACAAAAACCAAGCUCCACCUCCCCGAAAUCAGCCCACCUACCGGAACCACUACAAUCAACCACCGCCCCAAAAUAACUUCCGCCCUCGCGAACAGACAAGGUCAAACUUCACGCCCAUUGGCGAACCAUACUCCACUCUCUUCCCGAAACUCAGGAAGGAAAACCUGUUGCAGCCUGUCCCUCAGAACAGGCAGAAUCCGGACUCUCCGGCUUAUCAAAGAGGCGUAUACUGCGCCUAUCACUCAGGAGCAGAAGGGCACAACAUUGACAACUGCUGGACCUUAAAGAAAGCCGUGCAAGACUUGAUCAAUCAGGGGAGGGUAGUCUUCACUAAUGAAGACACCCCCAAUGUGACAAACAACCCUCUACCGGCUCACAACAACAGGCCGAUAAUAGGGAUGAUCUGUGAGGACAGAGAGUUUGAUCCUGCGCUGAAAGCCAUAGUCGCCAUUGCUGACACAGAAAGACAGGCAGCCCCGAGACAAGAGAAGAAGGGGAAAGAGGAUGAGACUAUCAAGAAUAAGGUUGAAGCAAAGAAGGAGACUGCCGAAGCCGAUCCGGGAACGACAAAAAUGAUAGCACCUCGAAAAAGGGGAGUUCUUUACCUCCCACGAGGUCGACCAGAAAUGCCUCUGGUACUGAGCGCUCUAAAGAAAUUCAAAAUAAAAGGAUCAAAUCCAAUGAGUGCGCCAAAAGAAGCCUUUGUGGCUCGGGGGACGAUAAAACUACCGUGGCUGGAUGAGCCGGUGUUUAUCGGACGCGUGCCACAGAAGCCUAUGACAGACCCCACCGUCGUACCGUGGAACUACAACCGGUCAGUGGUGACCUAUAAGGGCAAGGAGAUUACAGGUGAAUCGCCAAUAAAUGCCCCCGUCAGGAAGUACUCCGACAUACGGGAAGUGAGCGAUGCUGCCCGGAAACGUUUCCCACUCAAGGUACCUGUAACUAUUGAAGAAGCGGAGGCCUUUUUCCGCGAAUUAAGCAUGCCAGACUGUGAAGUGGUGGAUCAGUUGCGCGAAAACCCUGAACAGGUGUCCAUGUUGUCCCUGUUAACGAAGUCGGCCGAACAUCAGAAGGUCCUGAUGAAAACACUGAAUGAAGCAUAUGUGCCGGCAGGAACUUCAGUCGAGCAACUCGAGCGCAUGGCAGAAAGGUUCUUCGGGGUCAACCAAAUCUCUUUCAGCAAGGCUGAUUUGCCUCCCGAGGGAGCAGCUCAUAACAAAGCCCUACAUCUGAUCGUCAAAUGUGAAGGGUACUACGUGAAGAGAGUCAUGGUAGACGGAGGCUCGGGGGUUGACAUCUGUCCACUCUCUACACUCCAGAAGAUGGAGAUUCAAACGUCAAAAAUCCGCCCCAAUAAUGUAUGUGUUAGGGCUUUUGACGGGAUCAAGAGAGAAACGCUCGGAGAGAUAGAUCUGACAUUGGGUAUAGGCCCUGUGGAAUUCGAGGUGACCUUUCAGGUACUGGACAUGGACACUUCCUACAACUUUCUCCUAGGAAGACCUUGGUUCCAUGCUGCUGGGGCAGUGCCAUCCACCCUCCACCAAAUGGUAAAGUUUGAGCAUGAAGAUCAGGAGAUCGUGGUCCACGGGGAAGACGAACAUGCCAUCUACAAAGAUCCGUCUAUCCCGUGUCUAGCGGCAAGAGAAGGGAGCGAGCAUAUCGUCUAUCAGGCCUUCGAUAUUGUGAUGGCCGAUCAAUAUGAAGAGGGAAGUCCUUGUCCACAACCUUUCCUUUUUAAUGCCUCGAUCAUGGUGGCAAAAGAGAUGCUCAGACACGGCUUCCAGCUGGGAAGAGGUCUGGGAAAAUCCCUACAAGGAAUACCAGUACCAAUAACUUUGCCCACCACCGAGAAGUUCUUCGGAUUAGGCUUCCACCCUCCUCCACAAGACGAGACCUUCGUCAGGCCAAAGUAUGACGAAGAAGAAGAAGACGAGGCCUUCACUGAGGAGGAGAUCGAGGACCUAUGCGGAGCCAUGAGGCAGAUGCUUUAUGACGUCCAUAUGGUUCAAUCGGGAGAAGGUACCAGCACCGCUGAGGUGCAGUAUGUGGGACCAAAUGCUAAGCUACAAAACUGGAAGGCCACGCCAUUCCCGACCAGGCGGGAGCUCCGGUAG